CACACUAAGAAAGAACACUUCUGGGGACUCACUUGAUGGGAUGGUCACCUACUUCUUUCUCCACCACCUAUAUACACAUCAGGACUCCUAUAAGGGCAGGAGAGCAACACCCUCUUUCCUCCUGAGGACCACCCCUCCGGGGUCUCCGAGGAAAAAUGGAAGUGUUGGGGCUUCUCAAGUUUGAAGUCAGUGGUACCAUAGUGACUGUGACUCUGCUUGUGGCUCUCUUGGCCCUCCUGAAAUGGUACUCCACGUCAGCUUUCUCAAGACUGGAGAAGUUGGGCAUCAGGCACCCCAAGCCUUCUCCUUUUGUUGGAAACUUGAUGUUUUUCCGCCAGGGUUUUUGGGAGAGCCAAUUGGAACUCCGAGAGCGAUACGGGCCUCUGUGUGGGUACUAUCUUGGCCGUCGGAUGCACGUUGUCAUCUCAGAGCCAGACAUGAUCAAGCAGGUGUUGGUUGAGAACUUCAGUAACUUUUCCAACCGAAUGGCCUCAGGUCUGGAACCCAAGAUGGUAGCAGACAGUGUCCUGAUGUUACGUGACAGAAGAUGGGAGGAAGUCAGGGGUGCCCUGAUGUCUUCAUUCAGUCCUGAAAAGUUGGAUGAGAUGACACCUCUCAUCAGCGAAGCCUGUGAACUUCUCGUGGCUCACUUAAAAGGCUAUGCAGCAUCCAGGGACGCAUUCAACAUCCAGAGGUGUUACUGCUGUUACACCAUAGAUGUGGUGGCCAGUGUGGCCUUUGGCACCCAGGUGGACUCCCAGAAUUCUCCAGAAGAUCCCUUUGUGCAGCACUGCCGGCGUGUUUCCACCUUCUGUAUCCCCAGGCCUCUCCUGGUAUUAAUCUUAUCAUUUCCAUCCAUAAUGGUCCCAUUGGCCCGGAUUCUGCCCAAUAAGAAGCGAGAUGAACUGAAUGGCUUUUUUAACACACUCAUUAGGAACGUGAUUGCCUUACGGGACCAGCAAGCAGCAGAAGAGAGGCGGAGAGAUUUCCUGCAGAUGGUGCUGGAUGCCCAGCACUCCAUGAACUCUGUGGGCGUGAAAGGCUUUGACAUGGUCUCAGAAGCCCUGUCCUCUUCUGGGUGCACAAAGGAGUCACCCCAAAGGUGCCAUCCUACCUCCACAUCUAAGCCUUUCACUGUGGAUGAAAUUGUGGGCCAGGCCUUCCUCUUCCUCAUUGCGGGCCAUGAGAUCAUCACAAACACGCUGUCCUUCAUCACAUACCUGCUGGCCACCCACCCUGACUGCCAGGAGAGGCUUCUGAAAGAGGUGGACCUGUUCAUGGAGAAGCACCCAGCCCCUGAGUACCACAGCCUGCAGGAAGGUCUGCCGUAUCUGGACAUGGUGAUUUCAGAGACCCUGAGGAUGUACCCACCAGCUUUCAGGUUCACACGGGAGGCAGCACAGGACUGUGAGGUGCUGGGACAACGUAUCCCUGCAGGUACAGUGCUGGAGAUAGCUGUGGGUGCCCUACACCAUGACCCAGAGCACUGGCCGAAUCCUGAGACCUUUGACCCUGAAAGGUUCACAGCAGAGGCCCGGCUUCAGCAGAGGCCGUUCACAUACCUGCCCUUCGGAGCUGGCCCCAGGAGCUGCCUCGGAGUGCGGCUGGGCCUGCUGGUGGUCAAGCUGACAAUACUCCAGGUCCUACACAAGUUCCGCUUUGAAGCCAGCCCUGAGACUCAGGUUCCACUUCAGCUAGAAUCCAAAUCUGCCCUAGGCCCCAAAAAUGGAGUCUACAUCAAGAUUGUGUCACGCUGAUAUAGAAGGCACGUGGGAAAGAGGAAGCACUUUGUAAUGGUAACAUCUGCACAUCGCUGCAGGAGUGCACCCGGGAUUCAGAUGAAAGCCUCGUGUGGAGAUGGAGAGUUUAUAGGAACAUGUGUCUUAGGGUGAUUAAAAGGGCGCGUGGCAUGUGAGCAUACUUUGUCACAAUUCCUAAAUGUUUAAUAAAUGUUUACCAUGCUUCAUUUUGA